UAUAUCGCUUAUACCCAACGGAAUAAACCUUGUUUACUGGGUUUUAACCAUUUCUCGUUGCAAUCAAGUCUAUUCUUUGCUAUUGGCUAUAAAUAAUUAAACCUCAGUGUUACAAACUUUUAGCAACAGCAAGGUUAUCAUGAUCAUUAACUUAGCCAGUGUACUUUCGUUGGUGGAAUUAGUUUAUGGGCAAAAUUAUGAUUUCUUGGAAAAUCUUGGAUCCAGGAUAUCAUCUCAGGUUCAAGCUGGUUUGGCCCCAUUGCAAGGAUUGGGCGAUAGAAUAAAUGCGCAAGUACAACAGAGUCUUGCUGGACCGAAGGCCAAUAUUAAGAGCAGAUUAGGUAGCUUGGAUGGAUUGGGUACUCAGAUUGAGCAAUCAGUCUAUCAUGGUUUAGAACCUGUACGGGCAAUUGAAUUAAAUUUCAAAAUGAGGGAUGGCGUCGGUGGAAUCACCAUUGUAACUCAUCAACCUGGAGGUCGCCAGUUCGUGAUAAAGAACCACAAGAUUUUCACCUGUUCAUCCCAGAUUGAUAUAGAAAGUGGCUUUUGUUCAGGCUUAUUAAUUCCUUAUCAGCCACGUCUAGCCACGUCUAGCCACAUGGAUAAAGAAAAUUCUAGUCCUCGGAGCGAUUGGUGUUAUGUUUUAAGCAGCGCUCAGAGCAACAACAACAUUUGUUUAAGCACAAGCUCCUUAUCUGUUCAAAUUAUCAAUUUCGAGAUAAAAUGUGGAAAUACUGAUAACAGCCCUAUACUUAUAACUACACUAGAUGAGUAUAGAAAAUUGUGUUCUGCCGUCCGACAGUCUACAGAGUUCCGAUACAUUCCAAAUAAAAGUGACAGAAGUCAUGUUCAAAUUCCAAAUAAUAAUAAAUAUGUUAAAUGCGAAAAUCGGCAGGAAAAUGUGUGCAUUUUUCAUGAGGAUAAUAAUCUGCUUAAUCACAAUAAUGGAAAUGUAUAUAUAAAUUAUAACAAUUGAAAAAAUAUGUGUAUGAAUCAGUGGAUCACAUCCAUGUAUUUUGAUUAAUAUACCUACUUAAUGUUUAAUAUAAUCCAGUUUGCUUAUUA